CAGCCCCCCAAGACCCUGGGUGGGCUGCGCCUUGGCGGCUUGCGGAGCCUCCUGGUUGGAGAGGUGUGCACUCGCGCACCUCACCCCGAGGUUGGCAUCUCCUGCCCGGGAGAUGCCCAGUGCCGCCUGAGUUCCCGAGAACGCCGGUGCUGUGUCCAGACGCCUAGUGAGAGAAUUCCUGUGUCCACCUAAGGUAAGUGCCAUUAGAGCACAAGAGGAAACCGAGGGAACACGGCCGCCACACACCGGAUUUGAAAAUGAGUCCAAGGAGAAUCCGAGUGAAAAGGGGGCACCUUCGCAAGCCGAGGCCGAGGUUCCAGUUGAUGAACCGCUUCACCCUGGUGUUCCUGCUUCUGAUCAGCCCAACUCCAGUUCUUCAGGCUCCUACCAACUACAGUGAGCCCACCCCUAACUACAGUGAACCCACCCCCAACUACAGUGAACCCACCCCUAACUACAGUGAACCCACCCCUAAUCACGAUUCAUUCCUGUACCUGGUUGGACGCAAGAAACUGCUGGACGCCCAGUACAAAUGCUAUGACCGAAUUCAGGAGCUGCCCCCAUAUGAGGGAGAAGGCGCCUAUUGCAACCGUACCUGGGAUGGAUGGCUGUGCUGGGAUGACACUCCGGCUGGAGUAACUGCCUAUCAGCAUUGCCCAGACUACUUUCCAGACUUUGACACAACCGAAAAGGUUUCAAAGUACUGUGAUGAAAAUGGAGAAUGGUUUAAACACCCUGACAGCAAUCGAACCUGGUCCAACUAUACUCUGUGUAAUGCUUUCACUUCUGAGAAACUAAAUAAUGCAUAUGUCCUGUACUACCUGGCUCUCGUUGGUCACUCUUUGUCGAUUGCUGCUUUGGUUGCUUCCAUGGGGAUAUUCUUGUUUUUCAAGAACCUCAGAUGCCAAAGGGUGACGCUGCACAAGAACAUGUUUCUUACUUACAUUCUGAACUCUAUCAUUAUCAUCAUCCACCUGGUUGAGGUCGUGCCCAAUGGCGAUCUGGUGCGACGGGAUCCGAUGCAUAUAUUUCAUCAUAAUACACAUAUGUGGACAAUGCAGUGGGAACUGUCACCACCCUUACCCCUGAGUGCAAAGGAGGGAAAGAUGGACCCUAAUGACAGUGAAGUGAUAAGUUGCAAGGUCCUGCACUUCUUCCACCAGUACAUGAUGGCCUGCAACUAUUUCUGGAUGCUCUGUGAGGGGAUCUACCUUCACACUCUCAUCGUGGUGGCUGUGUUCGCGGAGGAGCAACGCCUGCGCUGGUAUUACCUUCUUGGCUGGGGGUUCCCGGUGGUGCCAACCACUAUCCACGCCAUUACUCGUGCUCUCUACUACAAUGACAACUGCUGGCUGAGUGUGGAAACCCACUUGCUCUACAUCAUCCAUGGACCUGUCAUGGUGGCUCUGGUGGUCAAUUUCUUCUUUCUGCUCAACAUCGUCCGCGUGCUUGUGACCAAAAUGAGGCAGACUCAUGAGGCAGAGACCUACUUGUACCUGAAGGCUGUGAAGGCUACCAUGGUCCUUGUGCCCCUGCUGGGGAUCCAGUUUGUCGUGUUUCCCUGGAGGCCCUCCAACAAGAUUCUUGGGAGGAUCUAUGACUAUGUCAUGCACUUUCUGAUUCAUUUCCAGGGAUUCUUUGUUGCGACUAUCUACUGCUUCUGCAACCAUGAGGUCCAAGUUGCCCUGAAGCGCCAGUGGGUGCAGUUGAAAAUCCGGUGGAACCAGCGCUGGGGAAGGCGCCGCCGCCGUCGCCCCGCCAACCGCGUGGUCGCGGCUCCUCGCGCUACUGCCUUUGCUGAGCCCGGUGGUCUCCCCAUUUACAUCUGCCAUCAGGAACCGAGGAAUGCUCCCAUCAACAACAAUCAAGGCGAAGAGGUUGUAGAAAUGAUCCCCAUGAAUGUCCUCCAGCAAGACCCAUCUGCCCCGCAACAAGAUUCUUCUGCUUGAAUGUGAAGCUACCCCAAGCAUUGUGAUCCGCUGAGCCUUCAUUUCCUGGGAGAAAGAUAGACCAUGCAUUUCAAGUGAUCCCCAUCCUCCCAGGAACUGAGCAUAUCAUUCGUGAAGAAUUAUUAAGUGAAUUUGUCCAUAGUGAUUUUGAAGAGAGUUAUUCUUGGUACUAUUGCUUUGGGAGACAGUCUAGGAAUAGAGUCUCCCACUGCAACUUUUAACUCCAUCAUUCAUCUAGAACUGAGACUGAAGGCAAAGUAUCCAAAAAUGCCACUAAAUUUAUCUAGUUCAGAUACAGGGUGCUCCUUGUUAAUCUUGAGCCAUUUGUACCUUUGAGAAAGUAAAAUCACUCUCAAUAUUUUUAAUUUUAACACUAGACUUUGAAUUAGACUAUUUCUGUAUUUGGCUGUUUAUCUGGUUUUUAAGUUUUUUAUUUCAAUCAAUUCCUAUUACAUGUUUUACCAUUCAUACAAUGUAAACUGCACAAAUAACAUGACCUCUGAGAGAUGAUGUGUGUUUUUUUAAACAUACAAGCAGAUAUGUUAAAGAAGACAAUGUGUGCAUUGGACAGGAAGAUAUGAUACGUUGAAUGAAAAGAGGUUUAGAGUUAAUUUGUUGGAAUUUUACCACACUCAGAUUGCUUUUGGAUAAUCCUGUCCAACAGAAAGACCCAAAUGCUAUAAGGAAUUGAUCUGAAUGUUGUAUGUGACUUGGUUGCUGACAUUUAUAAAUUGGGAGGUCACCAAGAAUCUAUCACCAAAUUUUUCACACAACUGCCAAAAACCUAAUUCUCAUGAAAGAGGACACUCUUCAAAGAGUUUUCAACUUUCCUAAAGUACAAGAUUUAUAAAGCAAAUCACUCCAAGGCUUAUAAAGCAGAUUACCUCUUGUCCUCGGGUGCUAUCUAGCAGUAAGAAAGAGAUUUGUUUACGACUAGUAAUUAAAAGACUCCAUACAAGUCCAUUAACUUUCUUCCACCUGGCUUCAAAGCUUAACAAGAUCUCUGUGUUUCCUAGGAAGACUCAGAGCAGCUAAUUACAAAUCAGUUUUUAGUUGACCUCUUGUUUGCUGCUAUUAGCAAAAGGGGGGGGGGCACAGCAUAAAGUCUUCGUUUAACCACAUAUUAAUUCAUCUUAAAAUACAAACAGAGCCUCUCAUCAAAACCCAGACUUAAAUUUCCACAUCUCUCUUUACUCCCAGUAUAAGAUCUUCAAAGAUCCGUGAAUAAACCAAUACCAUUACUGAUUUCUGAAUCUACAAUAGCAGAGUUAUCAUUAUCUAAUUUGUAUGCUAAAUGGGGAGUUUCAGUAAAACCCUCCAAACUCCGGCCUGCCUAUGACAUCUUCUUUCACUGCCUUUCUGAAAGGUUCUGGUUCUGGUUACAUAUUUAGUGCACCCAGAGAAAACCAUAUUUCCCCAGUGACCAUGGACUUUGGAUACUGAAAGCGCGUCUCCCUUACAAAACAUAAGGGAAGAACUGAUACGAAGGUGUUUUGCUCUAAUCACAGUGUUACAUGGUGAUGUUCCUAUUUUUUGUUUACAAACAUCAAAAGCAGUGUAUUUCAGGCAGCUUUAGUACAAAUGUGAUAACGUAUUGCUGAAUUAUUUGAGAUGUUGUGCUAAUGUAGUAGGAGCUGAUGAAAUCAAACUGGCUUAUCACAGCAUUGCAUGCAAUACCUAAAUUGUGUGAAACGCUUCUGCUAUGAACAUGUAUAAAUUAAUAAAGAGCAUAUUGAAAAGGCAAA